ACCUUGAAUAAGAUACUCCCUAAAUAUUUUUGUAAUUAAAGUCAAAGCAAUAAUGCUCGAAUUAAUUGCAACUAUUUUUAUUAUUUCAUCAAUUUUAAUUUACAUUUAUUUGGGAUGGAAUUUCAAUUACUGGAAAACAAGAGGAAUUCGCGGUCCAAAGCCUUCAAUUUUAAAUGGAAAUUUCGGAAAGUCUUCCCGCGGCGAACGUAACUUUGUCGAUGAACUUAAUGACACUUAUUUGAAUUAUAAGAACAAUGAAAAAUUCGUUGGAAUAUUUAUAUCAAGAGAUCCUAAACUCUUCAUCAUAGAUCCAGAAAUAGCUCGACAAAUUCUGUUGACAAACUUUAGCAGUUUCUAUGACAAUGAGUCUUCGAGAUGGUCAGUACCAAAAAUUGAGCUACUCCGAAUGCAAAGCCCGUUUGUUUGCACUGGAGAAACCUGGAAGGAGAAGCGUUCGGAAAUAGUUCCAGCCUUAACAAUGAGCAGGCUGCGUUCAUCAUAUCCAGCGAUGCAGAAGAUUGCUAAAAAGUUAGCAGACUUUAUCAGAUCAAAUAGUGGAAAGGAACUCGACGCAAAAGAGCUUUCUUGCCGAUUCACUUCGGAAGUAAUUUCUGACUUUGUUUGGGGAAUAAAUGCAAACGCCUUCGAAUCACAAAAAGUCUGUCAAAUUCAUGAAAUAGCUAAUGGAAUGAUAAGUCAGUCUCAGAAAUGUGUUGGAUAUUAUCAAAAAACUGAAGCUUGGCCAUUUUUAAGGAAACUAAUGCCCCAGCGUUUUUUCCCCAAGGCUUCUGAUGACUUUUUUACCCAAUUAACAAAUAACUUAAUUUCACAUAGAUUGGAAAACCCCAACGAGCGUUUUGACUUCAUAAAUCAUUUAAUAAGUCUUUCCAAUAAAAAGUCACUGACGGCACCUCAAUUAGCAGGACACUGUACAACAGUUCUGGUGGACGGUUUUGAAAGUGCAGCUAUUGCAAUAAGUCAUUGUUUGUUGUUGCUUGGUCGUAAUAAAUCAGCCCAAGAGAAACUUCGAAAUGAAAUUAUGGAAAGUUUUGAUGAUGGGGAAAAUGAUAUCAGUUUUGAAAAAUUGAAUGAACUUCCAUAUCUUGAUCAGUGUAUUUAUGAAACUCUUCGUAUAUUUCCACCUCUGCCGGUUUUUAGAAAAUUCUGCACUUCACCAACGAUUCUUGAAAAUUCCGAUGGUUGUAAAAUUCGUCUAAAACCAGGAGAUAGUGUUUUCAUAUCAGCUUACUCUUUCCACAAAGACGAAGAAAUAUUCGAGAAUCCUGAGGAGUUUAGACCCGAAAGAUUUGAUCCAGAUGUUGGAGGAUAUCGAAAAUAUCGUGAAAGUGGUGUAUUUCUUCCAUUUGGUGAUGGUCCAAGAAUGUGUUUAGGAUUAAAACUUGGUCUUCUAGAAACAAAGGUAUCAGUUGCAGAAAUCGUAAGAAACUUUCAAAUCAGCGUAAGUAGUUCAACGAGAUUGGAUAAUUUAACUGAUCCCAACGGUUUUCUGUUAUCUGUAAAAGGAGGAAUUAUACUAAAUUUUACGCCGCUGAAGUAAUUUGUUAACAAUUAAUAAUAAUUAAAGAAAAUGUAAAGACCCGAAAAUAUUUUUAAGGAAU